UUGAACUGAAAACAGAUUGAUGCUGUCCUUCAAAAUGUCAACAUUGAUAUAAAGGCUAGACUGUCCCUUGACUGAUGAGCAUUAGUGGUCAGUCGACAGCAGAGAUUGUCAGUGGCAUCCUCAACAGUUACGACAGAAAUGGCAAACAAGUUCACAGAUUCAUUUUCAACUUUGCGAAAUCAAACGGCGAGCCAGUGCAAACUUUUCAUUUUGACUAUCACGCUUCUAACAUGUGCUGAUGGUCGGCCGACAUUAGACGGUAUACUUUUGGAUGUCGACACGAAAGCCGCGUUACAGCUGGCGGAAGCCAUGGAUCCGACAGCGAAUCCCUGCGAAGACUUUUUCCAGUAUGCGUGCGGAGGUUGGAUUAAAGACAAUCCAAUUCCGACAUCGGAAUCCGGCUGGUCGCAGUUCGACAUCACGAAUAAAAAAUUACUGCAUGUUUUAGAAGGAAUUUUACAAGAACCCAUAUCGGAAACAGAUCCUAUUCCUAUGAGGUUUGCACGAGAGAUGUUCGCCGAUUGUAUACUGGAUUGUAUACUGGUUACUGCUGCUAUCGAGACAAUUGGGCUGAAACCCUUGACCGACUACCUGUCGUUAUUUGGCGGCUGGCCGAUGACAUUGGAUCAUUGGGACGAGUCAACUUUCGAUUGGAAAAAAGCAUCGGCAUCAGCUUUCACUACUUUCAACUUGCCAUUACUAGUCGACUUUUACAACGAUUUGGACAGCAAUAAUACUCAACAUACUGCCAUUUAUGUCGACCAGGAGUCGCUCUCUUUGCCGCGCUCAAUUCUGGUCGACUUAAAUGACAGUCCAGUCAUUGCAACGGCAUACAUUGAACUUACGAGGAGGUUAUUUUCUUAA